AUGACAGGAAGAGAUGAAAUUCACGACGAGGAUCGCUGGCAGUCGUCAGCGUCGCGACAGGGCCAAGAGUUAACCAAUUUGGACGAAUUGGAAGCCGAAUACGGACGUUAUAAGGCGGCUGAGUCCGAACAAGAAGUCUAUGGCGUGACCGAGAACCGGAGCGCAAACCAAAGGGCAGAUGGCAGCUACGGCGACCUUGACAACUUCAAGAAGGACGUCGGAGAAACAGUGAUUGAAUACUACGGGAAUAGGAAUGGGCUUUCUGAGGUCAAAUUGCCCGAAUACCACGAAAGCACCGUUGGACUGCCCGAGUAUUUUGACUACAAGUGGAGAGGCUACUUUAAAAUCAAGACGGUGAUUGAUUAUUUCAUCCAACUGUUCCCCAUUUUGAAAUGGCUGCCACACUACAAUUUGCGCUGGCUUUACCAAGAUUUGGUUGCGGGGAUCACCGUGGGGUGCGUUUUGGUACCUCAAUCGAUGUCGUACGCCCAGAUUGCAACUUUGCCCCCCGAAUAUGGUCUCUACUCAUCGUUCAUCGGUGCGUUCAUCUACUCUUUCUUCGCUACUAGUAAGGACGUGUGCAUAGGACCAGUGGCCGUCAUGUCUCUGGAAACUGCCAAGGUCGUUACUAGAGUUAUGGCCAGACUACCAGCUGAUACCACCAUCACCGGCCCUGAGAUUGCCACCGUAUUGGCCUUAUUGUGUGGUAUCAUAUCUAUCGGCUUGGGACUCUUGAGACUCGGGUUUUUGGUGGAAUUGAUCUCUUUGACAGCCGUUUCCGGGUUCAUGACCGGUUCAGCAUUUAACAUCAUUUGGGGCCAAGUUCCAGCACUUAUGGGCUACGGUAAGCUGGUAAACACGCGAGAGAGCACUUACAAGGUUGUGAUUUCAAGUUUGAAGCAUUUGCCCGACACCAAGCUAGACGCCGUUUUUGGUCUUAUCCCACUGGUUUUGCUCUACACCUGGAAGUGGGGCUGUAACACUGGGGGUCCAAAGCUGGUUAACAGGUAUUGCAGCCCCCAGAGCAGGACGAAAAAGGUAUGGAUGCAGGUGUUCUUCUAUUUGCAAGCAAUCAGAAAUGCGGUUGUUAUCAUUGUGUUCACAGCUAUUGCUUGGGCGAUCAGUAGACACAAGAAGAAGGCUCCGAUUUCUUUGCUAGGAAAGGUUCCCUCGGGUUUAAAGCAUGUUGGACUUAUGAAGUUUCCUCAGGGGCUCGCUUCUAAGAUUGCACCUGAAUUGCCUGCAUCCGUCAUCGUUCUGCUUUUGGAACACAUCGCCAUCUCAAAGGCUUUCGGUAGAGUUAGUGAUUACAGAGUGGUCCCUGAUCAGGAGCUGGUUGCCAUCGGUGCCACGAACUUGAUCGGCACUUUUUUCAAUGCGUACCCUGCCACGGGAUCUUUCUCCAGAUCCGCUCUCAAGCACAAGUGUAACGUCAGCACACCUCUUUCUGGACUGUUUUCUGGAUGCUGUGUUCUCAUUGCUAUCUACUGUUUGACAACGGCGUUCCGCUAUAUCCCCAAGGCUACAUUGUCCGCUGUCAUCAUUCAUGCCGUCAGCGAUCUCUUGGCCUCCUACAAGACUAGCUGGAAUUUCUGGAAGAUGAACCCAUUGGAUUUCAUCAGUUUUAUCGUUACCGUUUUUAUCACAGUGUUUGCGACCAUCGAAGACGGCAUUUACUUUGCCAUGUGUUGGUCUUGCGCUAUGCUUUUGUUGAAGGUUGCUUUCCCAAGUGGUCAAUUCUUGGGCCGUGUUGAGAUUGCAGAAGUGGUCAAUGCACAUGUUCAAGAGUCUGACGUCAAAAUCGUUGAUAUCAGUCAAGCUAAUGCGGUUCGGGUUCUAGCCAAAGAUGGCGAAGAAGAUGCCACCAAAAUCAAAAAUUACUCGCGCUCGGAGGGAGAGUCCUCUUUGAACUCUUUCGAAAACGGCAGCAGUGUAGUAUUUCAUACCAAAUGGGUGCCCUUGAAACACAAAUACUCGCGCGAACUCAACCCAGAGAUCGACGUUCUGCCGCCCCCACCUGGCGUUAUUGUCUAUAGACCAAGCGAGAGCUUCACCUAUGUGAAUUGUUCCAGACAAUAUGAUGCGAUAUUCAGCGAAGUGGAAAAGCAAACCAAACGGGGUAAGAUAUAUGUUCACGGCAGUGCUGCGUUGCGGCCUUGGAACGACCCUGGCGUCUGGACGCCUCCGCGCUUGGUGCAAAAGUACAUCUUGAAGAAAGAUUACCGAGAGCGUCUCAGUGACAUAGCGGCCGAUCCAAGGCCAACGCUUCGGAUCAUUGCCAUGGACUGGUCACAGGUGACUCAGAUAGACUCGACGGGAAUACAGACCCUAGUGGAUCUGCGCAAGGCCGUUAACAAAUACGCUGACAGACAAGUAGAAUUUCAUUUCAGCGGGAUAAUAUCGCCCUGGAUUAAAAGAGCACUUAUAAAGUUUGGGUUCGGCGUUGUCAGCGAAGAAUUCGCUGACGAAUCUCUCAUCGCGGGCCACACUAGUUACCACGCAGUGAGGUCUCGGGUCGCAGACGAAGAAACGGGACUUACUGUAGACUCCAAAUACAAGUUGAGCGCGGCGUCUGGUACGAACACGCCCUUUUUCCACAUAGAAAUGCCGGAUUUUUCCAAGUGGGACUUGUGA